AUGGCGACCACAGCCAAAGGGUUUCAGCAGGUGUGCACUGCUGUGGCACGAAGGAAGUACUUUGGAGAUGACAUUGCAGACAGCGACAUCCACGAAGCCGUUGCCCCAGACGUCACAGCAGAUGUGUUCGCGCAAACGGUGACACUGGCGUCAAACCUGAUCGACGAUGCCGUCAACGCCAGCCUCGAGCUUUCCCAGCUGGCGGAGUGUCUGGAAGACAAAGGCCUGACGCUCUCUGAGGAACAACAGGCCGGCUUUGGCAAGUUCUGGAAGUCGUACAAGCCCAAAAUCAACCAUGCCCUUGCACAGGCAUCUGCAUGGAACACACAACUUCAAGACAUCAACUGGAGGGUGGACGUGACUACGCAGACAGCGGCCCAGGACGAGGUCAACGAGCCCACAGCCGUCCUCGAAUUCGUCUUGAAUGACGGGGAGCACGUGCACGUUGAGGCUGACAAAGCCGGCGUGGACAAACUCAAGAUAGAGCUCUCCCGUAUUGCAGCAGCACUCGAGCAAGCGCAGGCCUCGUAG